AGAGAGAGAGAGAGAGAGAGAGAGAGAGAGAGAGAGAGAGAAGAGAAUGCGUGUAUUUUAUGUUACGAAGGUCUACCGUGUGACGCGACUUAACAUUGGUCUUUUUCAUCGUAUACAUGGUUUACCAAUCGUUGCGAAUAGGCAGCGUCCAUAAAAUAUACGUGCCUCUCGCGAGGCAUUUUCGGCUGCGAUGUAAGACGAAGAAGCUAUGCAGGAACAUUUUUGGAAAUGCAGUUCAUCCAAACCCGCAAACGGUAUUGUUUUUUCCAUGUAAAAGUCAGAAAGUCUUACGAAAACUUUGUAAGCUUCCUAAUAAAAUAGCAUUUAAUUGAAUAAAUGUGAAGCAAGUGUUGUUGUAUCCUCUCGUUAUCUACGGUUUUGAUCACGCUCAGAGUGCCACGCGUCCUCGGCGCUCUAUGCGUGAAAACUCGUAGUGCACGCGACGGUAAAACUUUACGCACUUGACCCACCGUAACGUCUCGUUCGUGCCGGAUUUAGUUUCAAAGCAAAAAACUAUCCCGUUUCGUGAGAUUUUCAAGUUUCAGUCUAGAGUCGAUCGUGUCUCGAUACGUAGCGUUUCGUUCCCGAAAUCUAUAGUUCUCUUCGUAUCGGAACCGGUUUGAUCGAGAACCGAGUUACAUUGGCCGUUUGAAUACCGAAUAGUAAUUGACUUUACUGUAUAGCGUAUCGUACCUAUGUACGCGUAUAUAGGAUUGUAACGUAAAUAUACGCGACAAACGAUCGCGCGAGUCGCUAAAUUCACGACUUCUGUUUAUUUUUUUUUUUUUUUUUUUUUUUUUUUAAUGUUCAAUUGAAUAUUAAAAUGUAUAUUUUCCAAUAGAAAUGCAAACGUAUUUAAUUUAUUUCCUGUUAUCGCGUUCCCUUUAUGUAGAUGUUACGACAACAUCAUUCGACGGCAGAAUGUCGUUUAAUUUAUUUUCGGGACGCUCGGAAAGUAUCGAUCAAAUAUACACCACCUCCUUGGAGAAUGUCUCUUGCCGUUGACACGCAUUGUCGACGAUCCGUGAGACGAGAAUAUGUGAACGGGACGUGUCUAGUACAACACGUUGGUAAAUGUUCGGAACGUCAACGCUGACGCGACAAGCGACAACGUAUCGUCUCGAGUGUCCAUGCUGGAGAUCCUAUGGACCAAACGAGUUCUCGCGAUACAAAUUCACCAACGGUCAACAGAGUAUCGGAAAAACCACCGUUCAAACUUUGCUUUUCCAAGGAUCAACUUCUCGGGAAAUCGAACGUUCGCGGUUCCAAAAUCGACGGUACGCACGAUACUCGCGCAACGGCUUUGUUCGGUGAUCCGAUCACGCCGAAAUUCUACUCGAGGAAUUACGAGAACGCAAGCGAUCCGAAUACAACCGAUACGUUCGAAGAAAUUCGAAACCAGGAAAGAAAAACUCCCAGGGAUUGUUGUCGUUGGCCUUUGCUGACCAGUAGCAUGUACGGUUGGUGGCACGAAUACGGAAUACAACCGAAAGGCUCUCAAUUAAACUUUCACAAAAAGACCUCGGAUUUGGUGAAUUAUCAGAUGAAAAUAUACGCAGAGGAUCGAAAACUCGGAAGUCUAAAGCACUAAGGGGUUUCGUUUCAAUUAUUGAAAUAUACGGUCAGCGAGAGGAUACGACGAUCGGACUAUGUAGAAAAAGAUGGACUUUUAAUAGAGAGAGAUAUACUAUUUUCGAGACUACUUUUACUACCAAUUCUUUUUUUAUGGUUUAAAAAUGAUUUGUGCCUUAUAACAAACUAC